UGUUCUGUGUUAUCAGUGAAACAAAAACUACUGUCGGUGCCUGCCCUGUACAAUCAUCCUGUUUUCAUGAAACCUUUCACAAAACGCCACUGAAGAUCAUAUGGUAUAUGUGAUCCAAUGCGAAUUAACAGUACAGGAUUCAGCCUCGGAAACUGUACUGAACGGACUGAGGUGUGUUUAGACGGUUGAGUUAACAAACAGAAAAACAAAAUCUGGCUGCAAUAAUCGAAACUGAAACUACAAUGCUCAUCACCCACCACUACCCAACUGUGCAGUGGGCAAUAAAAGAAAGCCUAGUAUCACUCGUGUUGCGCAGCGAGCUCACUGCGAUUUAACGGGUGUUUGUAUCGAAGACAGAGAAGUUUGCCGUGCGGUUAAAAAAUGAGACGUGAACUCUUCUUGGUAAUCUUUAUGUCUGCAGUGACCCAGUUUGGAGCUCUUGAAGGGCUGGCACCGCAGCCAGUGCUGACCCUGCAGGCUGGCUGGCCGGAGAUAUUCGUGGGGGAGAGCGUCACUCUGAGGUGUGAGAUUGCGAGGCAGGCUGGGGGCUGGCGGUACAGCUGGUACCGAGACGGGAUUCCUGUGCGUGAGACGUACUCCGACCGGCUGGACGGUGCCAACUACACAAUAAGAGACGCUUCUCGUUACCACAGCGGAGACUACACCUGUCGAGUGGAAAGUUGCUUCUCACCAGCCCACCGGGCAAUGUGCAGUGACCCUGUCAAGAUACUGGUUUCCACCGGGCUGGUGAUCCUGCAGGCUCCCCUGAUGCCCCUCACUCGGGGAGAGGGGGUGACCCUGCGAUGUCGUGUCCGGGGAAACCCCUCCCUCUCUCAGGUGCUCUUCUACAAGGAUGACAAAGUGAUUGACGCUCAGACCAGCCCCGUGCUGACCAUGGCCCGCCUCACAGAGGGAGACGAGGGCAGCUAUUGGUGCAGAGCCACCUGGGGGAGGCAGUGGAGAUGGCAAUCCGCCCGCUCCCUGGAGGUCCCGCUCUCAGUCACAGAGCUGUUCAGUGAGCCUGUUCUGGAGCUGGUGCCAGGGACCCCAGUGCUGGGGAAGUCUCUGACUCUGAGGUGCCUGGCUCAGUUAAUGACUCGAAAGACAGGCACUGGGCUGCGCUACUACUUUCUGAAGGAGGGCUGGAUGCUGGGGAUGGCCACUUCGAAGAACGUGUUCACAUGGAAAGCAGCACAGCUCAGGCACGCUGGGAGCUACAAGUGCAAAGUGACAGCAGACGGGACCAGCGUUGUGAUGCUGAGCAGUUCUGUGCAGGUCGGCUUUACUGCUGAUCCUGUAGAGGAGGACUAUGAGAGCGGCUACAGACCUGGACCUACAGACUCUACUGCACACUCUAUUCACACUGACCACUCCCUCCCAGAUUCCCCCAGUCUCUCUCACCCCUCUCUCCCUGAUACCUCUAAUCCUACUGCCCACUCCCUCCCAGAUUCCCCCAGUCUCUCUCACCCCUCUCUCCCUGAUACCUCUAAUCCUACUGCCCACUCCCUCCCAGAUUCCCCCAGUCUCUCUCACCCCUCUCUCCCUGGUACCUCUAAUCCUACUGCCCACUCCCUCCCAGAUUCCCCCAGUCUCUCUCACCCCUCUCUCCCUGAUACCUCUAAUCCUACUGCCCACUCCCUCCCAGACUCCCCCAGUCUCUCUCACCCUUCUCUCCCUGAUACCUCUAAUCCUACUGCCCACUCCCUCCCAGAUUCCCCCAGUCUCUCUCACCCCUCUCUCCCUGAUACCUCUAAUACUACUGCCCACUCCCUCCCAGACUCCCCCAGUCUCUCUCACCCCUCUCUCCCUGAUACCUCUAAUCCUACUGCCCACUCCCUCCCAGAUUCCCCCAGUCUCUCUCACCCCUCUCUCCCUGGUACCUCUAAUCCUACUGCCCACUCCCUCCCAGAUUCCACCAGUCUCUCUCACCCCUCUCUCCCUGAUACAUCUAAUCCUACUGCCCACUCCCUCCCAGAUUCCCCCAGUCUCUCUCACCCCUCUCUCCCUGAUACCUCUAAUACUACUGCCCACUCCCUCCCAGAUUCCCCCAGUCUCUCUCACCCCUCUCUCCCUGAUACCUCUAAUACUACUGCCCACUCCCUCCCAGACUCCCCCAGUCUCUCUCACCCCUCUCUCCCUGAUACCUCUAAUCCUACUGCCCACUCCCUCCCAGAUUCCCCCAGUCUCUCUCACCCCUCUCUCCCUGAUACCUCUAAUACUACUGCCCACUCCCUCCCAGAUUCCCCCAGUCUCUCUCACCCCUCUCUCCCUGAUACCUCUAAUCCUACUGCCCACUCCCUCCCAGACUCCCCCAGUCUCUCUCACCCCUCUCUCCCUGGUACCUCUAAUCCUACUGCCCACUCCCUCCCAGAUUCCACCAGUCUCUCUCACCCCUCUCUCCCUGGUACCUCUAAUCCUACUGCCCACUCCCUCCCAGAUUCCCCCAGUCUCUCUCACCCCUCUCUCCCUGAUACCUCUAAUCCUACUGCCCACUCCCUCCCAGACUCCUCCAGUCUCUCUCACCGCUCUCUCCCUGAUACCUCUAUUCACACUGACCACUCUAUCACAGUCACUGCAGAUCCAAUCACUUCUAAUCACUCACACCUCUCUCUCCUUAACACUGUCAGCCCCUCAGACCGGCCCCUCUCAGAUACUCCACACCCGAUCGCUCCUGUUGAAACUGAACUGGACACAGACUGGAGUAGCCAUAUGACUCAGGACUCCACUGUAUAAACAAGCUUUGCUAAUGAGCAAGGAAAGGGUUGGGGCAUCUUCAUUAUUUCUCAUAUAUCUUUUUUUUUAUUACAUUAGUAUCAUUACGUCAUUCUCUCAAGUGCAUGCUUGUUUUGCUGUUCAGACAUUUGCGUUUAUUCUGCACAUUAAAAACUCCUUUGUGUCAGGUGGGAGCUCUUUAGCUGUAACACAGGAAGGAAUAGACUAGGAGGAGGACACAAAGUCCUGUGAUCAGACCCACAGUGCUGUGCCUGGAUACAUGGGCUUCAUCCGAGUCAUAGAGGAAAGAGCAGCAACAAGACAAUAAGGGGCUUCAGAAAUUGUUGAUAUACGUAUGCCUAUUUUCAUUUCAAUUUCAACUUAGGAGACUGAAACUAUGUAUUAAGUUAUCCCAGGGUAGUCUCUCUAUAAUGUUACUUAAGCCUGAAAGAGUUAAAGCCUUGGGCCUUUUAAACCUACCAGUGACAAUAGCCAUGUUUUUCUUUUUUUGAAUGUCCUUGUUGUUAUAGUCUAUAUCCAGCAGUUGGCAGUCUAGUGUACUCAAUUAAGAGAAGGGGCAUGAAUCCAGAGAUUGGUUGUUCAAAAAUAUAUUUGUAAUCAUUUUAUAAUGUUUAUUAAUAAAGCUUUUAAUCCUUUA